AUGAGUGGAUUAAGGGAUCCUGCCUCAGGAAUCCUUCUGCCCUUGGCCAGGCAUAUGCUCCUGUCUAUGCUCGCACUUCUCAGCUUCGUCCAAGCAGAGCUCAGUUCUCUGUCCCACUUUUGCUUCUCUAUCUGUUUUUACUGAGGUCUUCCAGACGUCCUUGAGCAUUUGAAACGGAUGUGAGUGAGUUUUUAGUCCUCAUGCAAAACAACCAACUAAACAUAACAGAUUACAUCAGCUCAGGCUUUUCAAUUCCUGGAUGGCAGCAGAGUGCUAAUCCAACCUUCAUCCUGGAUUUCAUAAACUGAAACAAGGGAGGCUGGCAGGAGCAGCGCUGCCGGAUUGAGGAAGCUGACGACGAUGCAACAUGUGGGCAACACACUUUAUAAAGCUCAUAAACUUGUAGGCUGAUGUGUGCAGCUACCACUUUGGAUUCUGUACCGCCGCUUCUCUCGGCAAGAGGCACCAGCAGGCUGAGCACUGAGACCUGCUCUCUGGGAUGGAGCAUUUACCCCUGCAAGACAUGAAGGGCUUCCUGUUCCUCACACUCCUCCUGAUGCCUGUGCCUGCUGGAGCUGCUUGGAGUGCGAAAUACGCAGUAGAUUGCCCUGAUCCCUGUGACAGUAACGCAUGCAAAAGUACCGCGCGCUGUAAGCGAACGGUGCUGGAUGACUGUGGCUGCUGCAGAGUGUGUGCAGCUGCUCUGGGGGAGACUUGCUACCGUACUGUCUCGGGUAUGGAUGGUGUCAAGUGUGGUCCUGGGCUGAAGUGCCAGUUCUACACUGAGGAGGAUGACUUUGGUGAUGAAUUUGGUAUCUGCAAAGAGUGUCCCUACGGUAGCUAUGGAAUGGAAUGCAGGAAAACCUGCAACUGUCCCUCUGGCAUCUGUGACAGAGUAACAGGGAAGUGUCUGAAGUUCCCGUUUUUUCAACUUUCUGCUUCAAAGCCUCCAAAUCGACGAAAAAUAUCUUCACACACAGACAAUGACAUGGCAUCAGGAGAUGGAAAUUCUGUAAAAGAGGAAUUUGUUAAAGAGAAAGUUAUUCGCUCUCCAGUAAUGAAAUGGCUAAAUCCUCGCUGAUAUUUACUUACACUUGUAAGACUUUCAAGUGAAUGCAUUUCUCACAGAUUAUUGAAUAUGCAACAACACACUUUAAGAACAAAGUAGAUCUAUAAUGUAUGAAUAUGUAAUCUCUGAAGCUCAAACGUGACCCGUUUUUAAUGAGAAAAAUGUUUACUUAAAAAUACACUGUACAGUGUAUAUGACUUUUGAUAUUUGUUUUGAUAAGUAUUUAAACAGAGAAGUGUAUUAUGGCUUUUUGAAUGUAUAGUAAUACUGAAAACCCAACAUGAUCAUUUAAAUAGUGCCAGAGGCUGACUCUUGCCGACCUGAUGCUGGAAAAUCUCUCACUGAAUGAAGGGGACAGUUUGGGUGAGUGAUACUAUUGAUGUGGAACCAUUGUGAAAGAAACACAUAUAAACAACACCUCAGAUGGAAGGAACACCCCUGUUCAAUAACAAUAAAAACAACAAAAGCACAACAGUGUAAAUUAAAUAAACCAACAUUAGCUGUUAACAUCUUCCUAGUUUUUGGAAGUUUGGUGACAAUUCCUCAGAGAAAAAUAUGCCUUUUUUCAGAGAGAAAACAUGUAGCACUUCAGUUUAUACAUUGUGAAUAACUUAGGCAAGACACUGCAGACAUAUAUUGUAUUUAGUUGAAUUUCUAAAGUUAAAUUUUGUACAGAGAAACAGCAGAUUGGUAAAUUCUACCGAUUUGUAGAAGGGGAUCUGAAACAAAAAAAGCUGCUUAUCAUUAUUUAAAUAUAUAUGUUUCUAUAAACCAGCUAGUUGGUGUCAUUAAGGUGAUAUCUGCAUUUUUUCUGGAAGAGUGGUGAGAGGCCAGCAAAGGGACCUUUACGCUUUCUAUCUUUACUGGCUAUGGCCCAGAUGUGACUCACAGGGAGUUUAUUUGAACCAGGGAAGACUUGAACCUUCAGCAAGUGAUAGUGCACCCACAGACUACAGUAUUUUGGUACCCAGUCCUUUGUUUCUCAAUUGCAUGAGCAAGCGGUCUCAUUUCAGCCAGGAGAAAAACUUAUAUGUGUUAGAGUGCUGCAGGAACAGGCAGCCCCUCAUUCAGUCUAAGCUGGGUGACAUUUGUUUAAGCUAAAAAUUACCACUGAGAAGGGCUUGCUAAUAUGCCUGAAGACAACCAGAUCCACAGACAAUGAAAAUUGACGUUGCUGUGUCAGAGUGAACUUGGAUGCCAUGAGUUUAGGAACAGCCUUCUAACACAGAGCAUUCUCAUUGGAAGUCCGGCUUGAUUUUAACAUUUCCUUUGAAAUCAACCUGAGCUUUGACUGCAGUGAAAGAAAGAACACACAGUACAGCAGCCAGAGUUUAGUUCAGGAUCUGAAAUCAUGCUUUUAAAACUAUAAACAACAGAAACUCUGAUGCCUUUAAAGAGAUCCAAAGUCAACAUCUGUGAAAGCAGGAUGCUUUCACCUGGGAAAGCAGGCACGGAUCAUGCUGAUCUGGAACAAGAGGAUGAUGACAGCAGCAGACAUCCAAAUGUCACGAUGAAAGUCUAGGUUUUCUUGCCAUGAUAAUUGGAGACAUAUAAACGUAAAUCUCAAACUAGCAUAAUACCACAUUUUAACCAGUACUUAAUGUUAGGGUAUGAGAGGGAAUAAUGUUUUCUUGGGCUACUUACUAGCAAGUGAAUUGAUUCUAAUCUACUGAUAUCAAAAGUAAUUUUUUCUUGAUUUCAGUGAGAGCAGGAUCAAAUCCAUGGUCUUCCAGCAGACUGAUGAGAAAUAUUUAAAGAAUGUAGUAAAUACUGCAUACAUUAUUAAUAUUUUGCAACAGUGUCAUAAAUGACAUUAUGAAUUCUUGAAUGUAAAUCUAAUAAGUCAGUUGGUUUUAAAAAGUGUAAUAUUAUUAUUGUUCAAUAAAAAAAUCAAAAAAACAACAACUGAAAGCAUCACUGUCUAUUGUGUCUAUCUAUUAAGACAGAGUAAGCCUGCUGGUGAUGGUACAGCCACGGUGCAUGCAGGUUAGGUGUGCUUUUGGUCUCAAAUCCACAGAAACAGCUUCACGACAUCUAUUUCAGCAAAUUUCUGUGACCAUUCAUGAUUGCAGAAAAUGAGUGGUGUCCCAUGUACAGAAGGACUUAUGUCCACACCUUCAUCUUUCAACCACCUUCAUCUCCAAAACAAGGUGGCUGGAUCACAGCUGCCUACUUGGAACAGCCACUUUUUGGCCAAUCCCAGUACAGGAAGGAUUUGAAAUCUGUCUUUUCCAGUUGGCCUGGCCAUUACCAUGCCAGGGACUAUUUAGCUCUGGUCACAGUCUGAAAAUCUUUCAUACUCUUUUACUUUUCAUACAGGAAUAACCUGUGAAUCCACAACCGGCAAGACAGGAGAAGAGAGGAGAUGGACAAGAAUGCCUUGAAAACAUUUUUGGACAAAUUUUACUCUUUUUCAUCAAAUUUAUAAAAUGCUUUUGUAUCUCUUUAGCUGCUUCAGUGAUAGUUUGUUGCACACAGAAUAGAUUUCAGGUUGAAAUUACAUCCUUUUAUUUUAUCCUUUAUCCAUUGAAAUAUUUAUCUGUUGCUACCAAUGACAAUGGGACUACACCAGGAUAAUACAUAGUGGAAAUUAUCAUAGAGCUACAGAAUAGUAGAAUUGUUUAGGUUGGAAAAGACUUUAAUAUCGUUUGAGUCCAGCUGUUAACCUGACACUGCCAAAUCCACUACUAGUCCUGAAGUAAAAGCUGUGAAAUGGAUCAUCACAGAACGUGGUCCUGUCAUCUAGUAUUUAAUUUGGUUUCAGUGGGGUCAUAUAUUACUUAUAGUAUGAACAUGUUUGGCAAAUAGGCCUCAUUUUCUGGAAGGUAGCUAUUACUUUCUCAGCUGCUGAACUGUAAGCUGUAUAAUAUAUGCAACAACUCUCUUUUUUUUCUAAUGCGUGAUGACACUCAUAAGAACUGUGCUUUAAUGCAGUUUGCAUUACAGUCUGUAUUAUAGGGUGUUGCAGACACCAUUACAAUUCAAGCAAUAUAUAAUCAAAUGUUUUAGAGCAGUGUCUGAAAUACAUAGAAUAGAAAAGCCUAAAAUAUAUUCAGAUGUAUUUCACCCACAAUUAAAAUAAUAUGUAAGAAAUAUAUUUCCAGUGUAGAUAAACUUUUAAUGAAAAAUAUUCUUAUCAACAUAAACUGUGAGAAAUGAUUUCAUUAUAUAAAGCUUGUAUAAUGUAUUGUGAGACACUAUUGUGUUCACACUGGUACUGUGAGAUUUAUCACUGCCUAAUCACUAGAGUGUGAUUAACAAUAUGAAUUUGCCACUCUAACCUGCAAGGACACAGAUAUUGGAGCAAACACAUCAAAAUACAUAUUUUAAAUUAAAAUAUAUGUACCUGCUUGGUAUUUAUUUAAACAGACUGUCAGGUCACACCAGCAAUUUGAAAAUAUUUCCUGACACCUGCAAAAUUGGUAAAUAUUUCCUGUUCUUGUUGUGUCUGCCAAAAAUAGGAAUUUCACAAAUUGGACAGAUAACUUCACAAACAUCAUGAUUUUCACUUUGGCCUGUCUUAAUGUGAUAUUCACAAGGGUUUGUCACUGUCCAAGAAACUGUGUCUGACACACUGGUGUGUUCAUGCUUUUCUUAUCUUCCAAAAGUGGCACCAUCUCUCUUCUGGGUGGCCAGAGACCAUGCACAACUCAACUACUUGGCUUAAUUAUUUCAGGAUGGGUGAGUUUAGCAAUCAAAUAAGUAUUAAAACAGCAAGACAGGCAAAUGCUGAAAUAUUUCUUGCCCUCUCAUUGUCAGCAGCUGUCAGUUACCCCUGUACUCGUGCUGAGUACCUCAGUCAUGGUUGGGUGGGUGUGUGGCACCCAUGCCUGGAGAGACUGGCUUUCCUGCAGGCACCAGCGGGGAUCCAGCCACAGUCCAGGCAGCACCACAUCCCCUGAGCUGCCUUCCUGGUCCCAAAAUGCUCUAUGUAAACAAACAAACUUGUGUUUGCAUAAAGAAAAAGACAGAGAUUUCCUUAACUUUAUUAGUACAUGGUGUUCCUAAUCCUCCCUAAUCCCCCUUCCAUUCACUAUGCCUCCAAAGUGAUUGCAUCUCAGAUUUGUGUGUUUGCUCCCUUUCUACUUUUGAAAGCUAUUAAGUAAAAACUCAAUUGAAAUUAACAGUUGAUUAUGCAUGAGCUUAUCUUGGUUAUUCUAAGGAGACAGACUAAUUUUUCAAAAAAUUACAUAAUCAAUGCAGUUUUUCUCCUCUGCAAACACUGAGCCUAACUAAAGCAUUUUUGAUAAACUGAAACAACUGAAAUCCUAUGAACAUUACUUGAAAAUAUCUUUCUUCCUCACAGGAGAAACAUCUAUUUUUGAAGAACAAAUAACAGUUUGGAAUGCCAUUGAAAUCCAAACACACUAUUAGUAUGUUCCUGAAAAAAAAAGGUACAAUGCUGGGGGAGAAUGCACCAGAGCCCUUGCAGCUGUGUCACACUUUCCUGUUUGUUAUUUUUAGUUUUCCAUUCCUGCUCUUUAUUUUGGGCUUUGCUUUGCUUCCUAUGUAGCUUCCCCUUAACUCUGUAUCGCUCUGUCUUACAUAUUUCAGGCAUUUGGCUUGCUCUCCAUUUUUUUUUUUUUUCUUCAAAGGAAACCCAAGCAAUGCUGUCCAGUUUCAGGAAGUUAUGUUUCUCUUGGCAGUGGCUGAGUUCUUGGUUUUCUAAAGGCAUUUAGGAAAUUUAAAUUGCUAGUUUUCAGCUUUUAACAUAAUCAGGCUUCAUAAGCUUAAGAAAAGAGCAGCACACAAAGAAAGCUCAAGCCUGUUCUGUAGGCAAGUAUGUCCUGCACUUUCCACCUUCCACCUGGGAAGCCACCAGUACCCAGGCUCACCUUAACUUCCCAGUCUGGUAUUUAAUAAAAAAAGGGAACAUAAAUGAGCUGUGGUGAAACACUGCAUCAUACAGAAGUUUUG